UGCAGCAGUACCACAUGGCCUGUGCUCAGCAGCAGCUCCUUCAGCAUCAGGGAUCUCUCCAUACCUCCCCAUCCACCCCCACCAUCCAGCUCCAGACAGCCCUAGGGACCUUAAACCAAGCUGGCAUGGCUCACACUGGACCAGUCCUUCUCAAUUCCCCAUUCACCACCUCCAGGGAAUCAUCCCUGGGCUCAGAGGUGCUGACCCCCUCUCAGAAGAAGGCCGGCAGCCCGUUGGAUGUGUUGAACCCCUUCGGAGAGGAUAAUUUCUCGACACUGACGAAAGAGGAGCUGCUGAGCAAAGAGUUUGACCUUCUGGGAGCAAGUAAGAUCUGUUUGUUUGUUUAACAAGCAUGAGGUGUCUAUAUUUUCUGAACUUAUUUUUAAAACCACUUGCUCAACUUAAUUACUUGCAUUGCUAAUUUCAGAUUUUCUUAAUGUGUCAUGAGCAGUUAAAGUAAACAUUUAAAGCUAUUUAUUUGGGAAACAAGUAUAUUUUUGCUCAGAACAAAAACACAGUGUAACAUGAGAAGGUUACAAAUUUACAGUAACACAAAACUAACAAUUAUAUUUUCUGUUCUCUAAAAAGUUAGUGAUAUCUUGUUGGAUGAACACCGCUUCAGUUCCCAAACCUCUCCUCAGGGGCACCUCAGACAUUCCAUAUAUUAGUUAAGUUUGACAUCAGGUCAAUGAAUUUAAUAAAUUUAGUUACCUCGAUGAGGUAUUGAUUAGUCAAACAAGGUUAAGGUAGUGGUCAAGUCACAAAAAUGCAUAUUUAUUGCAUGGUUGCUGCAAAUACCGGGAUAAGUCAAAAAUAUAUUUAAAAUUAUGUACAUUUUCUUCUUAUUAUUUUUUUUAUUGAAGUGUCUGCUCCAAUUAUAUGCAAAAUACAAUGCAAAAUGUAUUGAAAAAAUAUAUUACAGUACAUUGAAAUAUACAGAAUUGCUGAUAUACACUCACCUAAAGGAU